AUGGGAGGUAGCAGUGAUAUAGAAAGGGGUGAAGUGGAUGAAAGCGUUCAAGUUCAUCUAGAACAUAGAGGUAUGACUGUUGAACAUUGGAAAACAACCUUCAAUACAGAGGUUUUGAACGCCAAAUCACCUUUGCCUGCUACAUGUUGCAUCCUCAAAGUUCCCGAGGUGCUACGAGGACAAAAAGAGGAGGCAUACAAACCUAACAUAGUCUCAAUCGGACCAUUUCACAGAGGUGCUGAAAAAUUUCAACUCGUCGAAAAUGUGAAAAAAUGGUAUUUAAACUGUCUUCUCUGGCGUAAGGAAACAAUAACCUUGGAUAGCUUGAUCGAAAGCAUCAAGGAACAGGAAAAAAAAGCCCGAGGUUAUUAUGAACCAUGCUUUCAUCUUGACCAAAGUGACUUUAUCAAGAUGCUUAUACUCGAUGGUUGUUUCUUGAUAGAAUUAUUUCGGAAGAAAUCUUUUGUAGACAGACAAGAUGAGGACGACCCCAUUUUCAACGUGCCUUGUAUGCUCGAAUAUCUAUACCAUGAUAUUCUGUUACUCGAAAAUCAGCUGCCUUGGUUUGUGCUCGAGUUUUUCUAUGACCUAAUUGAGGGUGGUCUGACUGGUCACCGUAAUUCCCUCAGUAAAUUGGUCAUCGACUUCUUCAAAAAUUCAGUGGCUGAUCCUAACAUUUUCAGCUACCUCAAUCCCGAGUCUGAUGAUAAAAUUCUUCAUAUACUUUAUCUGAUUAGAAUUUCCCUCGUUGAAGGACUAGAAGACCCAAGUCCUCAGACGGAGGCGAGUACAAGCGACACAUUUAAGUUGAUCCGCCACUUGCCGCAGAGGAUACCUAGUGCUACUGCUCUUUCAGAGGCAGGCGUUAAGUUUGAAAAGGUAAAGAGCCGCCCAGGUUGCAUAUUGAACAUAACGUUCAAAAAUGGCGUAUUCACCAUUCCUCAUUUGGCUAUCGAUGAGAGGACAGGUCCUUUGUUCAGGAACCUUAUGGCCUACGAGCAGUGCUAUCACAGUUGCUUCCAUAAGAUAACAUCCUACGCGUUUUUGAUGGAUAACCUCAUCGAUACGAGCCAGGAUGUGGAUCUUCUAUGUGAGAAAGAUAUAAUAGGCACCUUGUUGAGUGCUGAUGAUGCUUCGAAGUUCUUCAACGAGCUAUACCAUGACGCCACACUCUCUGAGUUCUACUACUUGGGACUCUGCGGAGAGGUGCAACAAUAUUACAAAGUACCAUGGAACAGGUGGAGAGAGAAAUUGAGACGUGAUUAUUUUGGCACACCAUGGGCUACAAUCUCCUUUUUUGCAGCUUUUGUCCUCACGGUCCUCACCUUCUUAGGAACCAUAUACACAAUCCUGCAAUACCAUCAUCCCAGUUAA